CGUCGAAGCCCACGCUACCAGUGCUACGACGUGAGCACGAUGACGGCAGCGGCGGCGCUAACAGGGGGGGCUCCACCGCCGAGGCCGCGCAGCCGGCAGCCGAGCCGAAGCGCGCGAGCUGGCGCCUCCCCCUGGGCUCUUCCGAGGGCUCCAAAGCAUCUGGCGCCGCCUCCAGGAGCGACGAGGGCCCCCCCCCUGCGGCCAAGCCCCGUCUCCAGAAGCCGCCGACGAAGCCAGGUCAGCCACCGAGAGCGCCAGUCGACGCGGCGAUUGAGGUGGACGCGGACGAGCAGGCAUCCAGGGGCGACGCGCGCAGGAAGCGCAGGGGCGGCCGCAGGGCGCGGAGGGGGGCCCACAGCGACGCGGUCCGGGGCAGCAAGGACAAGCUGGAGGGGACCCCUGUGGACGGGAUCUCCGCAGAGCUGGGGGGCAACGAGAACAUGCUCGACAAGCUCCGCAGCGGAGACGCGGAGGACAAGCAUAAGCUCAAGGAGAUAGUGUCCCCAGCUCCAGCAAUGUGGCUCGCCGCGCUGGAGAGCCCCCUGAAGUGCGACGUGGGCGGAGCACUCGAGCAGAAGAUCAGCGCCCACCUGGGGCAGGCCCAGCCGUCCGACGAGACGGCCGAAGUCGAAAUCACGAA